UCACUGUUGUCACAGUGUUGGUUACUGUAGUUCUGUCAGCAUUGUUUCUGUUGGUCAUGUCUGACAAAUAAGAACGGGGAAGAGCCCUACGGGAGACAGGGAUUAGUAGAGUAGAGUACAGUAGAGUAGAGUAGAGGGCUUUAGGAAGAGCCAACAUAAAAGGGAGGAGAGAGAGGAAACCAGAGGAGGAGGAGCUGGGUACAGAGAUACAGGCGGGGAAAACAAGAGAGCAAGCGAGAGAGAAAGCAGUUCUCUGAACCGGCAGAUUCACCUGGGUUCCCUCUCUUUCGGCAGUUUCUCUCUUCAUCACCCGACCCCUUUUUCCGUAUCCAUUUGCUCAGGCUGAGGGUGGGUUUAUCAGGAAGGGUCCGCUUGGCUUCCAUUAUGGCCUCAGAGAUGGGGUCCCACCCCAGGGUGGUGUUCCAGACCCCGAGGAAGGAGGAAGACGAGGAGCCCCCCGGGAGGCGCCUGGGGAAGCUGACGGUGAAGUACGACCGCAAGGACCUACAGCGCCGCCUCGACAUCGAGGAGUGGAUCGAGGGCCAGCUGCACCUGCUUUUUGACUGUGAGGAGGAUGAUAUCCCUGAAUUGGAAAUUGACAUUGACGAGCUCUUGGAUUUGUCAGAUGAGGUACAGAGGUCAAAACUGCGGGCACUCCUACAUGAAUGUGGCAAGCCAAAAGAGGACUUUAUCAAUGGCUUACUGUACCGUAUCAAGGGACUCCGUAAGAUGUCUGGCUUCGUGAAGAAAUGAAUCUUGCUCAGAGAAGAGGACCCACAAAGCGGAGAAGCCACAGAUGCUUCCCUGACAGGCCCUCAGACAUCUAGACACAGGAAUCCACACAGCAGGGUCUGUUAAUGAUCAGUAGGCAAGACUUUGGAAGGCGACAGCCCAUCCACGGCACGUAGACGUUCCAUUCUGUGGAGCACUUCUUGCCUGGGUUACUCUACAUUCUUGUUCUAGAAUGCAGGCACAAAUCUGAAUCCUGCAAAUGCACAUCACGUUUGACCAACAAGAAGCAUCUAUUUCAAUGAAACCGUGGUGUGAAACAAAUAGUGGUAUUUUCUUACUCUUCAACAACAACUACAACAACAGCAACAACAAGUGAAUGCAAGCAGGCCAACCAACUGUUUCUGCGAAAUAGACUAGAUUUAGUAACUAAAUUAACAAUAUUUAAUUUUUGUAUUACUCUUGUUUAGGGUCCUUGUUAUUGGUGGCAAACAUAUUUUAGUCUACACAGCAUGUAUGUAAAAUGAAUAAUAAACAAAAUAUACUGG